AUGUCCAAGUAUUUGACGGGGCUUGGUCUGAUUGGUCGCAGUGGAGUCAGUGUUCUAACACUUGUGGACCCGGCCAGGAAACUAGAACGAGAACUUGUACAAAUCCGGCCCCAGAGCAUGGAGGCAAACCCUGUCCUGGGGAUGACUCUGAAAGCCGCCCCUGCAUUGGGUGUCCAGUUGACGGGGCUUGGUCUGAUUGGUCGCAGUGGAGUCAGUGUUCUAACACUUGUGGACCCGGCCAGGAAACUAGAACGAGAACUUGUACAAAUCCGGCCCCAGAGCAUGGAGGCAAACCCUGUCCUGGGGAUGACUCUGAAAGCCGCCCCUGCAUUGGGUGUCCAGUUGACGGGGCUUGGUCUGAUUGGUCGCAGUGGAGUCAGUGUUCUAACACUUGUGGACCCGGCCAGGAAACUAGAACGAGAACUUGUACAAAUCCGGCCCCAGAGCAUGGAGGCAAACCCUGUCCUGGGGAUGACUCUGAAAGCCGCCCCUGCAUUGGGUGUCCAGUUGACGGGGCUUGGUCUGAUUGGUCGCAGUGGAGUCAGUGUUCUAACACUUGUGGACCCGGCCAGGAAACUAGAACGAGAACUUGUACAAAUCCGGCCCCAGAGCAUGGAGGCAAACCCUGUCCUGGGGAUGACUCUGAAAGCCGCCCCUGCAUUGGGUGUCCAGUUGACGGGGCUUGGUCUGAUUGGUCGCAGUGGAGUCAGUGUUCUAACACUUGUGGACCCGGCCAGGAAACUAGAACGAGAACUUGUACAAAUCCGGCCCCAGAGCAUGGAGGCAAACCCUGUCCUGGGGAUGACUCUGAAAGCCGCCCCUGCAUUGGGUGUCCAGUUGACGGGGCUUGGUCUGAUUGGUCGCAGUGGAGUCAGUGUUCUAACACUUGUGGACCCGGCCAGGAAACUAGAACGAGAACUUGUACAAAUCCGGCCCCAGAGCAUGGAGGCAAACCCUGUCCUGGGGAUGACUCUGAAAGCCGCCCCUGCAUUGGGUGUCCAGUUGACGGGGCUUGGUCUGAUUGGUCGCAGUGGAGUCAGUGUUCUAACACUUGUGGACCCGGCCAGGAAACUAGAACGAGAACUUGUACAAAUCCGGCCCCAGAGCAUGGAGGCAAACCCUGUCCUGGGGAUGACUCUGAAAGCCGCCCCUGCAUUGGGUGUCCAGUUGACGGGGCUUGGUCUGAUUGGUCGCAGUGGAGUCAGUGUUCUAACACUUGUGGACCCGGCCAGGAAACUAGAACGAGAACUUGUACAAAUCCGGCCCCAGAGCAUGGAGGCAAACCCUGUCCUGGGGAUGACUCUGAAAGCCGCCCCUGCAUUGGGUGUCCAGUUGACGGGGCUUGGUCUGAUUGGUCGCAGUGGAGUCAGUGUUCUAACACUUGUGGACCCGGCCAGGAAACUAGAACGAGAACUUGUACAAAUCCGGCCCCAGAGCAUGGAGGCAAACCCUGUCCUGGGGAUGACUCUGAAAGCCGCCCCUGCAUUGGGUGUCCAGUUGACGGGGCUUGGUCUGAUUGGUCGCAGUGGAGUCAGUGUUCUAACACUUGUGGACCCGGCCAGGAAACUAGAACGAGAACUUGUACAAAUCCGGCCCCAGAGCAUGGAGGCAAACCCUGUCCUGGGGAUGACUCUGAAAGCCGCCCCUGCAUUGGGUGUCCAGUUGACGGGGCUUGGUCUGAUUGGUCGCAGUGGAGUCAGUGUUCUAACACUUGUGGACCCGGCCAGGAAACUAGAACGAGAACUUGUACAAAUCCGGCCCCAGAGCAUGGAGGCAAACCCUGUCCUGGGGAUGACUCUGAAAGCCGCCCCUGCAUUGGGUGUCCAGUUGACGGGGCUUGGUCUGAUUGGUCGCAGUGGAGUCAGUGUUCUAACACUUGUGGACCCGGCCAGGAAACUAGAACGAGAACUUGUACAAAUCCGGCCCCAGAGCAUGGAGGCAAACCCUGUCCUGGGGAUGACUCUGAAAGCCGCCCCUGCAUUGGGUGUCCAGUUGACGGGGCUUGGUCUGAUUGGUCGCAGUGGAGUCAGUGUUCUAACACUUGUGGACCCGGCCAGGAAACUAGAACGAGAACUUGUACAAAUCCGGCCCCAGAGCAUGGAGGCAAACCCUGUCCUGGGGAUGACUCUGAAAGCCGCCCCUGCAUUGGGUGUCCAGUUGACGGGGCUUGGUCUGAUUGGUCGCAGUGGAGUCAGUGUUCUAACACUUGUGGACCCGGCCAGGAAACUAGAACGAGAACUUGUACAAAUCCGGCCCCAGAGCAUGGAGGCAAACCCUGUCCUGGGGAUGACUCUGAAAGCCGCCCCUGCAUUGGGUGUCCAGUUGACGGGGCUUGGUCUGAUUGGUCGCAGUGGAGUCAGUGUUCUAACACUUGUGGACCCGGCCAGGAAACUAGAACGAGAACUUGUACAAAUCCGGCCCCAGAGCAUGGAGGCAAACCCUGUCCUGGGGAUGACUCUGAAAGCCGCCCCUGCAUUGGGUGUCCAGUUGACGGGGCUUGGUCUGAUUGGUCGCAGUGGAGUCAGUGUUCUAACACUUGUGGACCCGGCCAGGAAACUAGAACGAGAACUUGUACAAAUCCGGCCCCAGAGCAUGGAGGCAAACCCUGUCCUGCGGAUGACUCUGAAAGCCGCCCCUGCAUUGGGUGUCCAGUUGACGGGGCUUGGUCUGAUUGGUCGCAGUGGAGUCAGUGUUCUAACACUUGUGGACCCGGCCAGGAAACUAGAACGAGAACUUGUACAAAUCCGGCCCCAGAGCAUGGAGGCAAACCCUGUCCUGCGGAUGACUCUGAAAGCCGCCCCUGCAUUGGGUGUCCAGUUGACGGGGCUUGGUCUGAUUGGUCGCAGUGGAGUCAGUGUUCUAACACUUGUGGACCCGGCCAGGAAACUAGAACGAGAACUUGUACAAAUCCGGCCCCAGAGCAUGGAGGCAAACCCUGUCCUGCGGAUGACUCUGAAAGCCGCCCCUGCAUUGGGUGUCCAGUUGACGGGGCUUGGUCUGAUUGGUCGCAGUGGAGUCAGUGUUCUAACACUUGUGGACCCGGCCAGGAAACUAGAACGAGAACUUGUACAAAUCCGGCCCCAGAGCAUGGAGGCAAACCCUGUCCUGGGGAUGACUCUGAAAGCCGCCCCUGCAUUGGGUGUCCAGUUGACGGGGCUUGGUCUGAUUGGUCGCAGUGGAGUCAGUGUUCUAACACUUGUGGACCCGGCCAGGAAACUAGAACGAGAACUUGUACAAAUCCGGCCCCAGAGCAUGGAGGCAAACCCUGUCCUGGGGAUGACUCUGAAAGCCGCCCCUGCAUUGGGAGGCAAAGUGGUAACGCCAUGGUCCAGCUGGGGAAGCUGCUCAGUGUCUUGUGGAGAUGGAACGCAGACCAGAUCCAGAGCCUGUGACCUGACAACUGACGAAGCAGCUCGAUAUAACUGUCACUUCAAAGAACAGCAGCAACAACCCUGCUCGAAGCCGCCUUGUCCAAUUGACGGGGCUUGGUCUGAUUGGUCGCAGUGGAGUCAGUGUUCUAACACUUGUGGACCCGGCCAGGAAACUAGAACGAGAACUUGUACAAAUCCGGCCCCAGAGCAUGGAGGCAAACCCUGUCCUGGGGAUGACUCUGAAAGCCGCCCCUGCAUUGGGUGUCCAGUUGACGGGGCUUGGUCUGAUUGGUCGCAGUGGAGUCAGUGUUCUAACACUUGUGGACCCGGCCAGGAAACUAGAACGAGAACUUGUACAAAUCCGGCCCCAGAGCAUGGAGGCAAACCCUGUCCUGGGGAUGACUCUGAAAACCGCCCCUGCAUUGGGUGUCCAGGAGGCAAAGUGGUAACGCCAUGGUCCAGCUGGGGAAGCUGCUCAGUGUCUUGUGGAGAUGGAACGCAGACCAGAUCCAGAGCCUGUGACCUGACAACUGACGAAGCAGCGCGAUAUAACUGUCACUUCAAAGAACAGCAGCAACAACCCUGCUCGAAGCCGCCUUGUCCAAUUGACGGGGCUUGGUCUGAUUGGUCGCAGUGGAGUCAGUGUUCUAACACUUGUGGACCCGGCCAGGAAACUAGAACGAGAACUUGUACAAAUCCGGCCCCAGAGCAUGGAGGCAAACCCUGUCCUGGGGAUGACUCUGAAAACCGCCCCUGCAUUGGGUGUCCAGGAGGCAAAGUGGUAACGCCAUGGUCCAGCUGGGGAAGCUGCUCAGUGUCUUGUGGAGAUGGAACGCAGACCAGAUCCAGAGCCUGUGACCUGACAACUGACGAAGCAGCGCGAUAUAACUGUCACUUCAAAGAACAGCAGCAACAACCCUGCUCGAAGCCGCCUUGUCCAAUUGACGGGGCUUGGUCUGAUUGGUCGCAGUGGAGUCAGUGUUCUAACACUUGUGGACCCGGCCAGGAAACUAGAACGAGAACUUGUACAAAUCCGGCCCCAGAGCAUGGAGGCAAACCCUGUCCUGGGGAUGACUCUGAAAACCGCCCCUGCAUUGGGUGUCCAGGAGGCAAAGUGGUAACGCCAUGGUCCAGCUGGGGAAGCUGCUCAGUGUCUUGUGGAGAUGGAACGCAGACCAGAUCCAGAGCCUGUGACCUGACAACUGACGAAGCAGCGCGAUAUAACUGUCACUUCAAAGAACAGCAGCAACAACCCUGCUCGAAGCCGCCUUGUCCAAUUGACGGGGCUUGGUCUGAUUGGUCGCAGUGGAGUCAGUGUUCUAACACUUGUGGACCCGGCCAGGAAACUAGAACGAGAACUUGUACAAAUCCGGCCCCAGAGCAUGGAGGCAAACCCUGUCCUGGGGAUGACUCUGAAAACCGCCCCUGCAUUGGGUGUCCAGGAGGCAAAGUGGUAACGCCAUGGUCCAGCUGGGGAAGCUGCUCAGUGUCUUGUGGAGAUGGAACGCAGACCAGAUCCAGAGCCUGUGACCUGACAACUGACGAAGCAGCGCGAUAUAACUGUCACUUCAAAGAACAGCAGCAACAACCCUGCUCGAAGCCGCCUUGUCCAAUUGACGGGGCUUGGUCUGAUUGGUCGCAGUGGAGUCAGUGUUCUAACACUUGUGGACCCGGCCAGGAAACUAGAACGAGAACUUGUACAAAUCCGGCCCCAGAGCAUGGAGGCAAACCCUGUCCUGGGGAUGACUCUGAAAACCGCCCCUGCAUUGGGUGUCCAGGAGGCAAAGUGGUAACGCUAUGGUCCAGCUGGGGAAGCUGCUCAGUGUCUUGUGGAGAUGGAACGCAGACCAGAUCCAGAGCCUGUGACCUGACAACUGACGAAGCAGCGCGAUAUAACUGUCACUUCAAAGAACAGCAGCAACAACCCUGCUCGAAGCCGCCUUGUCCAAUUGACGGGGCUUGGUCUGAUUGGUCGCAGUGGAGUCAGUGUUCUAACACUUGUGGACCCGGCCAGGAAACUAGAACGAGAACUUGUACAAAUCCGGCCCCAGAGCAUGGAGGCAAACCCUGUCCUGGGGAUGACUCUGAAAACCGCCCCUGCAUUGGGUGUCCAGGAGGCAAAGUGGUAACGCCAUGGUCCAGCUGGGGAAGCUGCUCAGUGUCUUGUGGAGAUGGAACGCAGACCAGAUCCAGAGCCUGUGACCUGACAACUGACGAAGCAGCGCGAUAUAACUGUCACUUCAAAGAACAGCAGCAACAACCCUGCUCGAAGCCGCCUUGUCCAAUUGACGGGGCUUGGUCUGAUUGGUCGCAGUGGAGUCAGUGUUCUAACACUUGUGGACCCGGCCAGGAAACUAGAACGAGAACUUGUACAAAUCCGGCCCCAGAGCAUGGAGGCAAACCCUGUCCUGGGGAUGACUCUGAAAACCGCCCCUGCAUUGGGUGUCCAGGAGGCAAAGUGGUAACGCCAUGGUCCAGCUGGGGAAGCUGCUCAGUGUCUUGUGGAGAUGGAACGCAGACCAGAUCCAGAGCCUGUGACCUGACAACUGACGAAGCAGCGCGAUAUAACUGUCACUUCAAAGAACAGCAGCAACAACCCUGCUCGAAGCCGCCUUGUCCAAUUGACGGGGCUUGGUCUGAUUGGUCGCAGUGGAGUCAGUGUUCUAACACUUGUGGACCCGGCCAGGAAACUAGAACGAGAACUUGUACAAAUCCGGCCCCAGAGCAUGGAGGCAAACCCUGUCCUGGGGAUGACUCUGAAAACCGCCCCUGCAUUGGGUGUCCAGGAGGCAAAGUGGUAACGCCAUGGUCCAGCUGGGGAAGCUGCUCAGUGUCUUGUGGAGAUGGAACGCAGACCAGAUCCAGAGCCUGUGACCUGACAACUGACGAAGCAGCGCGAUAUAACUGUCACUUCAAAGAACAGCAGCAACAACCCUGCUCGAAGCCGCCUUGUCCAAUUGACGGGGCUUGGUCUGAUUGGUCGCAGUGGAGUCAGUGUUCUAACACUUGUGGACCCGGCCAGGAAACUAGAACGAGAACUUGUACAAAUCCGGCCCCAGAGCAUGGAGGCAAACCCUGUCCUGGGGAUGACUCUGAAAACCGCCCCUGCAUUGGGUGUCCAGGAGGCAAAGUGGUAACGCCAUGGUCCAGCUGGGGAAGCUGCUCAGUGUCUUGUGGAGAUGGAACGCAGACCAGAUCCAGAGCCUGUGACCUGACAACUGACGAAGCAGCGCGAUAUAACUGUCACUUCAAAGAACAGCAGCAACAACCCUGCUCGAAGCCGCCUUGUCCAAUUGACGGGGCUUGGUCUGAUUGGUCGCAGUGGAGUCAGUGUUCUAACACUUGUGGACCCGGCCAGGAAACUAGAACGAGAACUUGUACAAAUCCGGCCCCAGAGCAUGGAGGCAAACCCUGUCCUGGGGAUGACUCUGAAAACCGCCCCUGCAUUGGGUGUCCAGGAGGCAAAGUGGUAACGCCAUGGUCCAGCUGGGGAAGCUGCUCAGUGUCUUGUGGAGAUGGAACGCAGACCAGAUCCAGAGCCUGUGACCUGACAACUGACGAAGCAGCGCGAUAUAACUGUCACUUCAAAGAACAGCAGCAACAACCCUGCUCGAAGCCGCCUUGUCCAAUUGACGGGGCUUGGUCUGAUUGGUCGCAGUGGAGUCAGUGUUCUAACACUUGUGGACCCGGCCAGGAAACUAGAACGAGAACUUGUACAAAUCCGGCCCCAGAGCAUGGAGGCAAACCCUGUCCUGGGGAUGACUCUGAAAACCGCCCCUGCAUUGGGUGUCCAGGAGGCAAAGUGGUAACGCCAUGGUCCAGCUGGGGAAGCUGCUCAGUGUCUUGUGGAGAUGGAACGCAGACCAGAUCCAGAGCCUGUGACCUGACAACUGACGAAGCAGCGCGAUAUAACUGUCACUUCAAAGAACAGCAGCAACAACCCUGCUCGAAGCCGCCUUGUCCAAGUAUGAAUUGA